AGAUCACAAGACUAGACCGCUUUCGUGAUGCACAGCACUGAGCACGUACCUGGACCUAGCGAAGAGCAGGCGCAAUUGCCUCAAGAUUCACUCAGGUUACCACAGAUGUAAUGCCUGCCUCUACUUCAGGGGCUGCAGCCAUGGAAUCACUCUCAUUACCACUCCAUUCGCUCAACCAUACUCAACCCUGUUUGUCAAGCGGAUCCCCUAGAUCUCAUCAUGCCUAGCAAGGACGAGCUCACGGGGCCACCUUCAGAGACCCACGCCCAGAGACCUCCGCGGCACAGAGCCGAAAUUGUAUCACCGUAUGAUUCAGAUGUUGAGGAGGUGUCGGCACAGGACUAUGAUCGCGAUCGCUACGAGCGUGAAGAGCGAAGAGAUCGGCAUAGGGUAGGCGACCCGCCUCUCGACUAUGGCGAAGGAGAAGAGCCCCGUUGUCGACCUCAACCUCAACCUCAACCUCGAGGUCGAUCACUAUCUCCUCCACGCCCCCGUCGUCGAAGUCGGGAUCGAGACUACUCCAGGGACCGACCACGCGGCGGGCAACGAGACCGAAGAUCCCCCAGUCGGCGGCGAGACCAAAACGAAAGAAGGCCCAAUCGAGCUUAUAGUGAUGAGCGUGGUCAAAGGCGAAAUGGGCGCACGUCACGAUCUCGCUCUCCUGGUCCUCAGCGCGCGCCAGCACCGCUGCCACCACCACCAUCACCACUUGCUUCUCCUCCUCCUCUUCCUCCUGCUCCUCCAACUCGCAGUACGGGCUACACCAUCAUCAGUAACCGCACAGGAGAUGUAACCAUCUACAGACCCGAGUACGGACAGACCCGUGGGUCCUACACGGACUUGACGAAGGAGUAUUUCACCAGCGACGUUGUUUCUGUUCGACUCUGUGACUUCUCAUCCGACUCACAAGCGAUAGUUGGGAAGUAUUCCACACCGUCUCCACAAGGUUUGAUCAACUUGAAGCAAAAUGUGCCUUUCAUCUUUAAACGAGUCGACUGUGAUUAUGGCAUUGGUUAUGUUGCGCACAGCUUCGGAGGGCGGGGAUUGAAUCGAGCGGAUUGGAUACCGAAGUUGGAGCACGCAAAGUACCUGGGGAUGGCCAAUGAAGACGAUUUGUACGGGUUUCAAGGAAAUGGUAGUCCGCAUCAACAGCUGAAGGUGCGGCGAGCACCAGGAUCAAGAUACCUCUUGAACAUAAGUCAUGUCUUCGUGGGUGAGUUGGUGAAAGUCACCUUUCCACGAAAGCCUUACUACUGGGGCCGGCUGAGACUUAGAGAUUACUACCGGCUGCAAUGCCUCAGUGAUUUCCUCACGGCAUCUCCUGGAUCGAGCGCGGCAGACAUCGAUGACAUUCCAACAAGAAUUGGCUUGGACAUCGGUGCGUUGAAAGAGCUGCGAAGUGCGGACGACUCCUUGGACAGAAACAUGAAAGCUGGUCUCGUAGCUCUCGAUGCCAUACACAAGCGGAAGCCAUCCGACAAUGACAAGGACGCAGAUGCCCGUCCGCCUAGGGCUCAGACAGCACCGAAUGGCCGCGUCCCACCUCCCACCACGCGUCCAGGUGCCAAAGACGCUAGCUCGACAGCGCCACCACCAGCAACUACGCAGACUACCGGGGAGGCGACGCGGCCACGAGAUCAGCCCCGACAGCCAUCAGCAACGACUGCGAACGCGACGGGGGACCCAAGACUCCAACCACCCACAGAGCUGAGAACAAUGCGCCCGCGCGACGAUGACACUCAUUCAUUACCGAACGCCCAUCGACGGCGAAAUUCUUAGAGCGCUUUACAGGGUAUUCCGGCCGAUCUGUGAGGGACCAUGGGUAGCAUCCGUCUACACUAGUCUCCAGUCCACAAUGAGCAGCGCAUUGUGCUCAAGAAACAAAGCGGGGAGGAAUGUGCUCAGGGAAUCAAGUAGGGAAAAUUGGUCAUCUGAAGAAGGCAAGCUCUUUGAGACGGCUGCACAAGCGAUUCGG